AUGAAGGCGACAAAGAUACUUGGGCUUGCUACGAUAGCGUUUCAAGGCCUUAUUACCUCGACGCAAGGUAGCUGCUCCCAUUCGGCUACAUGCUGUCCACGUUUAGCUGCUCGCCUUCCUGGCAAGGUUUAUUCUCCAGGCUCAGUCGACUAUGAAAGCCGUAUGAACUCGUACUGGUCCGUCAGUGCUGCCCUACCACCGUGGUGCGUUGUUCAGCCAUCAAAUGCUGAAGACGUCUCUGUCACCAUCACAACGCUUGCCUCGCACAACUGUUCGUUUGGUGUUCGGGGUGGCGGACAUGGCUCAUUUGCCGGCUCAAACAGCGUUGAGGACGGCGUGACCAUAGACUUUGGCAACAUGAAUUCGACGACUUAUGACCCCGAAACUAAGCUCGCAUCUAUCCAGCCCGGAGGCCACUGGCAGACUGUUUAUGACACCCUUGCACCCCACGGAGUUGCUGUUCCCGGCGGUCGUGCUGGCACCGUCGGUGUCGGUGGCUUCAUCACCGGCGGCGGCAACUCGUUCUACUCUGCCUCCCACGGCAUGGCUUGCGACCAAGUCGCCAACUUCGAAGUGGUCCUGGCGAAUGGGUCGGUUGUUAACGCCAAUGCCACGUCGAAUGCCGACUUGUGGCAAGGCUUGAAAGGCAGCGGUGCCAAUCUGGGCCUUGUGACACGAUUUGACAUGUACGUUAUCGAUUUCCCCGACGCCCAAAACCCCAACGUUUGGGGUGGAAAUCUCAUUUACGACUUGAGCGCCGGCUCUGAGGUUAUAGAAUCCUUGGUUGACUUCACUGAGAACGUUCACAAGGAUGAAAACAGUUCUUCCAUCGUCUACUGGGCCUAUAUUCCUGCCUUGGGAGGCAUGAUGCUGAACGCUGCUGUUGAGAACACCUUGGGAAAAGUCAAGCCUGCGGCUUUUGAUCAAUACUACGUCUCGGGGAAGAUUCUCCAGGACACAACUAAGGUUGACCGACUAUCUACGGUAGCCAACGAGCUUGGCUCCGGUCAGCCUGUGGGUUUCCGAAAUGCAUGGUUUACUUUGGCAUUCGACAACGAUGCCCGCGUGAUGAAUUACGCUGUGGAUAAGUUCUACACCCUCAAUGAGAACCUUGAAGAAGCCGUUGGCGUGGACUCGGGCUUCAACACUCUGUGCAUGUUCCAGCCCAUCUCCAAGUCCAUAGUCGACAAGGGCAUUGCGAUGGGUGGAAACAUCAUGGGAUUAGACAACUAUAUCGCGCGGGGGAACGGCAUCAUGUUCCUCGUUACGCUUGCUAUCAAUGGUGCUGAUAAUGAGGCCAUUGCAUUUGACUUUGUCAAGGCCUAUACGGACGACGUCGACAAGUACGCAGCGUCCUUGGAUCUGGCCUGGGAGUGGAAGUAUCUGAAUUAUGCCCACAAAGUGCAGGACGUCAUCGCCACUUUUGGAGAAGCAGCCACUAGGAAGCUCCAGGCCGCAUCUUUGAAGUACGACCCAACUGGUGUUUUUCAGAAGCUACGUCUCUCGGGCUACAAGAUUCCUGCUUAA